AGACAAUUUGAGAAAGAGAGAAAUUUAGAAGGAAAGAGAUUGAGAGUGUUUGUUCAUUGGAGUUGAGAUAGGAUUCGAAGAUCGUUGCCAUCCAACGUCGAAUCUUGCCGUGGGAACAAUUCGGAAGAUCAACUCUGGAGUCGAUCACUUCUCGUUUCGCAGGUAUACUUCUUUUACUACCUUGUAAGAUUAUGGUUUUUGUAUGUACUUGUUAGAUAUUCGAAAUGGAUCGUGGGCACACGAACCGUAUAUCAAAAUAUGGUUCCUACACACGUGUGCCAAAAGGAUCUUAGGUGUGCAAACUGACAAUGCUUUGAAUUACUUGAUUGUUGCCGUCGUCGUCAUCCUCUCUGUAUUCCCUCCAAUUCCAAUGGACACUCUUCAGGCCACCUACAGAGAGGAUGACGACGACGCCACCAACGCCUCCCCUUCGCCACCCACACCCACUGCCACCCUCGACGCUGGAGCCGCCGCAACCGCUGCCGAGUUGCCUGAAAACGGAAUCAAGGACGAGCCAGACGUCGCCAUCUCCGAAGACGUUUCGUCCGAAGAGGCCUCCGUGUACGGAACGCCGCAAGCUCUAGACGCUGACCAGCACGAUUCGCAUAAUUCCCCAAAUCGCCCCCCCGAAUUGGAGCUCGAAGGCGACGAAGAUGCCGAAUUGGAUGAGGAAGAUGACGAGCCCUCUCCCAAAAAGCAGAAGCAGCUAUCCGACUUGCCGAAACCCGCUGCCGCCGCUCUUGAAAUCACGGAAACACCCUCGCCGGCAGCCACGCCGGCACAGGACGGGAAACCCCUCGCCCUCGCUGCCAAAUCGGGCAAGAAAUCGAAGAAGAAGAACAAGGACGUGUGGACCACCACCUCCAGGAAGGGGAAGAAGAAGACCAAGCAAGCCUCCAACAACAAUCACAACUCCAAGAAUCCCAUGAAUGGGGACGCCUUGGCUGAGGAUAGAGUGUUCAUAUCUCCGAUCCCUAGAUUUCCAGACAAAAGUGACGAUUUCCCGGAGCUGGAGAUCUGCCUCUCGAAGGUUUACAAGGCUGAGAAGGUUGAGCUGAGUGAGGAUAGAAUGAGUGCGAGUAGCACAAAAGGGUACAGGAUGGUAAGGGCAACGAGGGGGGUGACCGAAGGCGCGUGGUAUUUUGAGAUUAGAAUAGUGCAUUUGGGAGAGACGGGGCACACGAGGUUGGGCUGGUCGACCGAGAAGGGGGACCUGCAGGCUCCGGUAGGAUACGAUGCCAACAGCUUUGGUUAUAGAGAUAUUGAUGGCAGUAAGGUUCACAAGGCUUUGAGAGACAAGUACGCCAAUGAAGGUUAUAAUGAAGGUGAUGUUAUAGGUUUCUACAUCAAUUUGCCAGAUGGAGGCUUGUAUGCGCCUAACCCUCCGCGCUUGGUUUGGCACAAGGGGCAGCGCUAUAUUUGUGCUCCCAAUGUGAAGGAGGAUUCUCUAAAAGUUGUGCCUGGGAGUGAGAUAUCGUAUUUCAAAAACGGCAUAUGUCAAGGGGUUGCUUUUGCGAAUCUCUAUGGUGGUCGCUACUAUCCUGCUGCUUCCAUGUACACCCUCCCUAACCAACCACCUUGUGCUGUUAAGUUCAAUUUCGGUCCUGACUUUGAAAGAUUUCCUGAAGACUUUGGUGAACGUCCUCAUCCGAGACCUAUGAUUGAAGUUCCAUAUCAAAGCUUUGAUGACAGAGUUGAGAAUGGUAGUCCAUGGAAUAUUACUCGAAUGUCCCCUAUGUUCAAAGUGAUAAAAGAAGAAAAUAGUAAUAUUGCGAAAGCUGCUGAAAUGGCCGGUUAAUCAUGCACUCAGCUCAGUUGCUUCGAUUUGAAGUGGUUCAAACAAUGUUGUAACCAGUGUUUGCUGUAGGAAAGGUAUCCAUCAUUGAACUACGCACAUACAUAUAGGUGUGUGUAUAUAUAUGUAUAUAAAUUGAGGGGACACAGCCAACACUCAUGCAUGUGCCAUAUUAUUCAAAAUUAGCUCUUUUUGUUAUU